AAGUCGCAGCAGAAGCGGAGUGUCCGUCGGAGGUGUGGGUUGUCGGCGGUCGGGGCGCGUCCUCAAGUGGAAUUCGCGUGGGUGCCACCGUGUAUUGCGAGUGAUUGGGCAUUGUGUGAAGAGAGGACGAAUAGUGAGUGUCGCGUGAGGUGUCUCGGUCCUCCCGUGAUCUACCUCGUGAGAGGAGUGAACUCUACUCGGCACAUGUGCGCGUCGCCACCGGCCGCUCCAGGCCGCUGCUCUGAACAGGCGGCGGCAGCCGAUGUCUGAAUGCUGGGUAUCCUGCACGCCGACACGGGCCCGUGGGCGGGGAUGGAGCCGAGCGGAGGGGGCGGCACACUGCGCUCGGCCACCGUCGAGCGCAACAAGACGGGGCCGCGAGCCAACGGCAAGCUGCCCCAGCACAGCUCGCUCUCCAGACAGAUGAACCACAGUCGGCUGGAGGAGUCGUUCGACGGCCCCGGCUCGGGCGGCACCCCCGUCUCCACCGUGGUCAACAUGUUCUCCGAGCCGACUCACGCGCAAUCGGCCCAGGACGUGAUCGAGGUGCAGAUCCUGCCGCAGGACUCGUGGGCCGACAAUGCCACCGCCAUCACAGGGAACACGUCCGACGUCUCCACAUCUGUCGACGACUUCGGACGGUUCCAGAAGGCGCCGGAGCAGACGCUGAGCUUCCAGUGCCAGCGCUACCUGGGCACCACCCUGGCCGGCAUCGUCAGUCUCUUCGCGUUCCUAUCGCCCGUCGCCAUGGUGGUAAUACCCAAGACUAGCCUACUCGGACUGAAGCAGGCACAGUUGCAGUGUGGCGCAGAGUGUGACGGUAUGCUGAUCGCGUUCGCGUUCAAACUACUCAUCCUGUUGGCGGGCACGUGGGCAGUGUUUGUGCGUGCGCCGCGCGCCACCAUGCCGCGCAUCUUCACGUUCCGCGCCAUCGUGCUCGUACUGGUGUUUGUGUUCACGUUCAGCUACUGGCUGUUCUUCUUUGUGCGGGUUCUGGAGGAGCGCGAGGCGCUGCGCUACUACACCAUCCUCGUGUUCGCCAGCUCGCUGGUGGACGCGCUGCUGUGGAUCCACUACCUGGCCGUGCUGCUGCUCGAGCUGCGCCACGCGCAGCCGCAGUACGCUGUGCGCGUGGUGCGCAGUCCGGAUGGCGAGUCGCGCCUGUACCCGCUAGGUCGGCUGAGCAUCCAGCGAGCGGCGGCGCAUGUACUGGAGCGCUACUACACAGAGUUUCCGGUGUAUAACCCGUACCUGGAGCGGCUGCCCACCAAGGCGUCCAGGAAGGCCAGCAGCGUCACCAGCUACAAGUACUACGACGUGGACGGCUCGACGGCCGGUUCGACACUCCAGUCUCCGUCUCGGAUCAUCUCGGGGCGGAGGAAGGAGGUGUCGCACAACGAACGGUUCCACGAGGAGCACGAGUACGAACGGCGGGUAAAGAAGCGCCGCUCGCGGCUGGUUACAUCGGCCGAGGAGGCGUUCACCCACAUCCGGCGACUCAAGGAGCAGCAGGGUCCGGCGAUCCCGAUGGACCCGCACGAGGCGGCACAGGCCAUCUUCCCGACCAUGGCCCGGCCGCUGCAGAAGUACCUGCGCGUCACCCGCCAGCAGCCGCGCCACACCAUGGAGGCGAUCCUGGCGCACCUGGCGCAGUGUCUGGCGCACGACCUGGCGCCGCGCGCCUUCCUCGAGCGCUACUUGGCGCCGGCGCCGGUGCUGGAGGGCGAGCGAGAGGCGCGGCCGGUACAGAGCUGGGCGCUGGUAUGUGACACGUUACUCUCUCGGCCUGUGGCUGAGGGUACGCUGUUCCAGCUGCGCCAGCACGACGUGUCCCUACUCUGUACCGUGGUGAAGCUGCCGCACUUCAACAUCACAGAGGAGAUCAUAGACCCAAAGUGCAACAAAUUCGUGCUACGUCUCAGCAGCGAGACGUCAGUGUAACCGGGGGAAGGGAGGGGAGGGGGAGAGGCGCCCGCCGUGCGCUCGUUUAUUUAUGUGAUGCCUGCCGCGUGCGUUGCGUUUGUUUGUCGCCCGCGUGGAUGUGAGACGCGUUCGGUGUGCUUUGAGCGGUGCUCCCUGUUUGGAAGGCCGACCUGCCCGCGACGGAUCAUGUUCACGAGGUCAUCGUUUGUUGAUGUCACAUAUCAUCGAGGGCGACGGGGAUCGCCGGGAGGUGACUACGAACCGAGUCAUGAGCUGUCACACGCACCGCCCGGGCGCCGGGUCACCAGUCAGCAGUGAAUUCAGAUAAACCCCGCAGUCGGACCAGUCUCGAGGCUCCCUACCUGUUCUAAUUGCCCCAUAGAUAGUGUGCCACCCCUCAGCGUUAUAACGCUACUUGGACAGUUUUCCUACAACGUUUCUAGGUCUCCGACAGUACUUCCCCUCUUACCCAGACACCAACUAGGGCCAGUUUCUGUGCUUAGCUCGCGCUCAGUGGAAUGGCGGACGGCACUUGGCCGUCAGACGGCAGGGUGGCAGUGCUAGGAGCCAGACUGCUCAUCUCGGUGUUCUCGAUAGCGAUGAAGUGUUGCAUGAUUUUUGUUCAUGUGCUGAGUGGUAUAACUGUUUUUACUAGUUCACCGUGACUUUGUUUUGAUCGCAUGAUUUGUCUCGUUUGCCCCAGACAAUGUGAGUUUCUGUACAAGAAUAUUUGUAUAUUGAUGUCCAUUUGUACAAAUAUAAUGGAUGGCUUCUCC